AUGACCGAACCACCUUCGAACCUUGACAGUGCCUACUGUACGCCCCCUACACCGGAUACCAUACGCAGCGAGUCCCACGCGCGUAGGCCGUCACAGGUCGCCGAAAUCAUAGAGAAGGUCAAUGCUAGGCUCAGACGCCUCUUUGGCAGUCGAAGAGGAUCUACCGAAGAUAAACAUCCACCACUCAACCCUACUGUUACCCAACGAUCAAGCGUAUCUGAUUAUACAAGUGGUCUAGCGGAGGACCUGUAUAUCCAGCGUCGUUCCAAAGAUCUCGCUGAAAUGGGUCUGGCUUCUCUGCCAAAUGUAAGCGAGUACUUCGAUAUUAACGGCGAAGUAGGCCCUAGCUGCUUCUACGGCACUACUGACUGGGAAACCUUCCAGGCAAGGCUCCGGGCGCAAAGGAGAAACACUAUACAGGCACAACUGUACAACGAGUUGGACUAUUCUGGAGAUGGCGAUCUGGAGCAACUCGAAAGGCUGCGACAACAUGAUACGCAGAUUGAGAGAUGUGGAGAGCGGAAGCGGAAAGACUCGCAAUUCAGCUUCAGUGACUUCUUGCAACCUCGACGCUUGAGCAAAGUGGACAAAGGGAAGGAUCGUAUGGUUUAUGUUGAAGCCAGAUCGACAUCACAAGAUCAGCCGUUCCUCUCUCCUUGCCAGGAUACCUCGUCAGAUACGGUCGGACCUUCCACUGCACAGAUUGGGUUUCUACCUUGUCACUCUGAAUCAAUGUCUAUUCCAUCUUCGUAUCAUAAUACCCACUGGCCAUCUACAGAUGCCGUAGCAGGCUCAGCACGACCAACAAACGAUUCACCCACGCUCCCCCCAUCCCUCGUCUCGUCAACCACAGACCUGCUCUCCCACGGAUACCCUCCAGACACAGCACCUUCCUCGCCCUCUCUCAACCCCACUCUCGUCCCCUCCCCAGAAGCCAUGCAAGCGCUCCACCUAGGUCCACCACAACGAGCCUUGCUCCAGCGAUCUGUAUCGAGUGGUUCACGCAUGUUCCACGUAUCCGUGGAGCAACUCUUUACAAUUACGCCUACACAACCCGUCUCGCCUCUCGAUGGUCCCUCUACUGUUGUCAACAAGAGCAACCUACUCGGAGAUAGAAAUGAUGAACCGGAUUUCAGCAUCACGCAUCCCACGCCUCCUAGUCCUCUGAUCUCCACCUCACCACCACUAGCUGACGUACCGUCACCAGUCAAACGACGAACGGGGAGUUUAGAAGGAAGUGGAGAUCUACGCGCCGUGUAUAUCGAACAAGGAAGAGCGGGUGUGAUAAAUUAUCCUCCGCGGCGCCGGAGUCCGAGGAAGAGUUUGCAGGGGAGAUUGUGGUGGGAUGAAUCACCGCCAAAAGUGUAUCUCUAG